GACUUUCUCCUCGUCAUAAAUUCACUUACACCAUCCCCUAUGCUAGAAGCUGGGAUAAUGUAUUGUAAUAAUUCACAUAUAUCGAAAAUGUUGCAAAGACUUCCUUCUAUCACAUGCCGAGCCGUACAGCGUCGAACUUCGUUAGUCGCUGAGUUUAUUCGACAAGACUGCCAACGAUCCCUUUCCCUCUCCUCGCACGUUUCCCACGUGCAGUUCAAUUCUUCUUCAACUUCUAUUAGACAAAGAAGGACAACGCCUUUUCAUUCAUCUGCAAACACACUUGUCGCUAGUCGGCAUUCCCGCAGCCUUCGACCCUUCGUUCAGAACUCCGCGGCAUUUUCCACAACACGAACGACUCGAGCUCCAGCGAUUGCGACGUUAAACCCACGAGAUGACGAUGAUGGAAAUCCGAUGUUUAUAGAGAUAUCACCUCGUGCAGCAAAGCGCUUAAGUGAAAUAACAGCCUCAUCGGAAGAAGAUCAGCAUCUGCGGGUCACCGUGACAAGCGGCGGAUGUCAUGGAUUUCAGUACUUAAUGUCCUUAGAACCGUCAACUAAAAUCGACCAAGCAGAAGACACUGUUUUCGAACCCUCUGAGACCGAUGAAACGUUACCGGGUGGCAAAGCCAGAGUUGUAAUGGAUCAACCAUCACUCGAAUUGCUAUCUGGUAGUACGGUUGACUUUACGACAGAGCUUAUUGGAAGCCAGUUCAAGGUCAAUAACCCUAGAGCCACGAGCAAUUGUGGUUGUGGGACGAGUUUUGAUAUUAAUCUAUAAGUUCUGUGUGUUCUACAAGAGCACGAGAUUGGCUAGGAAAUACUAGUUAUGUGCUAUGUCUAUAUAUAAUGUUGUUUA